AUGACAAAUAUCAAACUUAAAAGCAGUGAUGAUCAAGUGUUUGAUGUUGAUGUCAAAGUAGCUCAAUGUUCUAUAACUAUAAAAACAAUGUUGGAGGACUUGGGGAUGCCAGAAGAGGAAGAAGAUGAACCUAUUCCGUUACCAAAUGUCAGUGGCUCAGUUUUAAAAAAGGUUCUUGAAUGGGCAAAUUAUCACAAAGAUGAUCCACCAAUAAACGAAGAUGAAAAUCCUGAAAAAAGAACAGAUGAUAUUUGCGAAUGGGAUAUGGAAUUUCUUAAAGUUGAUCAAGGAACACUUUUUGAACUAAUAUUAUCUGCGAAUUAUCUUGAUAUCAAAGGGCUUUUGGAUGUUACAUGUAAAACUGUAGCUAAUAUGAUUAAGGGUAAAACACCAGAAGAAAUCCGCAAAACCUUUAACAUUAAAAAUGAUUUUUCACCCAUAGAAGAAGAUCAGGUUCGGAAAGAAAAUGAAUGGUGUGAAGAGAAAUAACAUAAAAUAUCCUUCAUAAUUUGACGAAGUUAUUUAUUUCAUAGGUUUCUAAGUUCUUUUU